AUGGAACGCAAAUCAAUUAGAGACCAACUUAUUCAGUCUAUAGGGUUCUGUCCCAAAGAUGCCAUAGGAUGGCUGUAUGCCGCACGGGGCUUCUAUAAACUCAAGCAAUUUCAUAUGGUUAUUGAGUGUGUAGCGCCAGCAUUAAGAAACGAACGGACUAAGCGGGAAGGGCAACAUCUGCUGGCGUUUUCAUUACUCAACACCAGUCAACCUGAAGCAGCAGCAGGAGCAUUCUUUAAGAGUAUUGGUUAUGGAAACGAUACAGACUGGCAACCACUUGUAGAAUUGCUCAUGGACAAUCCUAAACUGAAACUCACGUGA